CUGUGAGCUGGGGGUGGGGAGGAGGAAGAAGAGAGCGGAGAAGAGGAAAGUGGGAGACGGACGGAGGAAGCCCGAGCCUCGGCACGGCACAAUGGUGCAAAUAAUCGCCCAUCACUGACAUUAUUCGGUGGCAAGAAGGACAGGGGCGGACCAUCGGAUUUUCAAAGAAAGAUAUUUGCUGGGGAAAGAUGCGAAAGCGAUGAGCGUUUGACCCGGUUUGCUGGCUCCAGUUGUCCAAUGUGCUGAGAAGAUGGAGCAAAGCGAGAUCCUGAAGACAUUCAUUGAUCGGGUGCUGGCCAUGAAAAACCGCGACCAGAAUGGGGAGGAUAACUUUGCCAACGACUUCAUGCGACUCAGAAGACUAUCAACUAAGUAUAGAACUGAAAAGAUCUAUCCAACUAACACUGGAGAAAAGGAAGAAAAUGUGAAGAAGAACAGAUAUAAAGAUAUCUUGCCAUUUGACCACAGUAGGGUGAAACUUGCAAUGAAACUUACAGAAGAAGAUUCAGAUUAUAUUAAUGCAAAUUUUAUUAAGGGAGUUUAUGGGCCAAAAUCCUAUAUUGCAACGCAAGGUCCACUAGCAAAUUCUGUUCUUGACUUUUGGAGGAUGAUCUGGGAAUAUAACGUUGGAAUAAUUAUCAUGGCUUGCCGUGAGUUUGAAAUGGGGAGGAAAAAAUGUGAGCGUUACUGGCCACCACAUGGGGAUGGUGCUCUUCAUCUUGGAGAAUUUCAGAUUACUUGUGAGGAGGAACAGGCAAGGAAUGACUAUUUCAUAAGGACUCUAUUAGUGGAAUUCCAGAAUGAAUCUCGUAGAAUCUAUCAGUUUCAUUAUGUGAACUGGCCGGAUCAUGAUGUUCCUUCUUCAUUUGAUUCAAUUUUGGACAUGAUCAGUUUGAUGCGAGAAUAUCAAGAGCAUGAAGGUGUACCUAUUUGCAUCCAUUGCAGUGCUGGAUGUGGAAGAACUGGAGCCAUAUGUGCAAUUGAUUAUACAUGGAAUUUACUCAAAGCUGGGAAAAUACCUGAAGAAUUCAGUGUGUUUAAUUUGAUACAGGAAAUGAGAACACAAAGACAUUCUGCAGUCCAAACAAAGGAGCAAUAUGAGCUUGUUCACCGUGCGAUAGCUCAGCUAUUUGAAAAGGAAUUGCAGAGGAGUCGAUGUGCUGAAAGGCUAUCUGAGCCGGUUGAAAUUAGUUCUGAAAGUCAAACCAUUUCCUUAAUUCCUGAGACUUUUGAUUCGCCACCACCUAAACCACCACGAGUACGAAGCUGCCUGGUAGAAGGAGAUGCAAAAGAAGAAAUCUUGCAGCCUCCAGAGCCCCAGCCUGUGCCACCCAUCCUUACUCCUUCUCCACCAUCUGCUUAUCCAGCUGUUACCACUGUGUGGCAGGAUAAUGAUCGAUACCAUCCCAAGCCAGUCGUGCACUCUUAUACACCACCACCUCCCACAGACCUCAAUGAAAACUACAACAAACCUGGGGACACCUUCAAGCAAAUUGAAAAUUGUGCUGCACAGAUUGAACCUAUCGAAAAAAAGCUGGAAAGAAAACUUAGUAUUGAAAUAAAGAAGAUACCACUCCAAGAAGGACCUAAAAGCUUUGAAGUAUCCCCACCUGAUACCAACAGUGCUCUUAAUAGAUUGCCAUCAAAUAAGGUUAAGUCCACGCCAGCAACUGAUAUGGAGCAAACAGGUAAAUCAGUGGAAGCCAGCUGUGGACAAAUUGCAGUAAACUCAGAAGUCUUGCAACACUCUGAUGCUACUCAAAAAGGGAAGAAUUCUGAUGUUACCCUGAGACCAAUUCAGUUACCACUUAAAGAGAGAGCCCAUGCAAUGUGGAACAUGCCAAGCCAUGAAUGUAUCCCAUCUUUUACGAAGAAUUCCAUAGAUAAUACGUUGUACAACGAUCAGUGUCAUUCUUCAAAAGCAUCCGGUGUACCACCAGAGCCAUCAUUGAUAAAGGAUCCCAGUGUAAAUGCUUCGCCCCUCAGUUUUACUAAUCCACUCCAUUCUGAUGAUUCUGAGCCAGAGGAGAUUGAUUUUGGGAACACUGUACCUAAAAAUGUUACUAGUGUUUUAACAAGUGCCAUUGUUACUGCAACCAUACAAAACGAAACUCCUUCAGCAAGAAAAAUAUCACCUGUGUCUAUUGCCCGAGAACAUCCACCGAGUACAUUAAAUUUAGCAGCAGAAAAAUGUUCGGGGAACAAAGAAGACAGCCCACCCCCUUUGCCAGAGAGAACACCUGAAUCUUUUGUGGUGGCUCAUGAAUCUGAUUCUCCUGUUAGACCUGGUCAUAUUGGCAAGUCUGCAGAAUGGAGUGGCUUUCCACAACCACAGUCUGUUGAGCAAUUAAAGAUGGUGAGGAGUAAGAGCCUGAAAAAUCCCCGAAGUCAAAAAAGGAAUACUCCUGAAACAGGAGACUGCGGAAGGCCCUCGGGUCUGUUGGGAUUAGCGACUGCUGUAACCAAGGGUGAGGUAGGACAUACUCCAGAAACAAAUGCAAAACGAAGAGAACGUUGUUCAGAUUUAGACAGCGGGUUCCUUUCGAAAAUGAGCAUGCUGAGAACUGUCCUUGUAUCCUGUCUCCAAAAAUCAGGGUUCAAUAAUCGAUAUACAAAACCAAAAGGGCCAAGAGAUCCUCCUUCUGAGUGGACAUGAUGGAUAUGUUUUGAUAGACUGUAAUACUUCCCUUCAAGUGCCACUAAAGGACUGAAACAUUGAUAAAAUUAUGUUCAUUAAAAACAUUUUUUUUAAACUAACAAAAAGCAAGAGAAACUUGGGUGUCUUCUCAGUUACAGAAUGGUACACAUUUCACAUUUAUUGUAACUUGCUAAAACCUUUCCCGGGGGUGGAUUCCGGUGCUAAAUAUCUCUGCUGGGACCAUUUUGACCUGCCUUAUUUCACACUUAAGUAUUAACUUUUUUCAAAAAAAAGUAUUACAGGCCUUAAUUUUGGGGGGAAUUGGUUACACUGCUUGUAGGAUUGUAUAUUAAUAGUACAAUAAGUAUAAAUAGGGAGUCUGUGGACAGUUAUUCUUUGCUAAUUUCCAGACACUUAUGUGCAUUACUCCUUUGUGUACAGGGCAGGGUAGGUAUAUAAAUGACUGUUGCAGGUAUUAAAUAUUCUUAACAGAAGAUGUAAGAAAUCAGUGCAUGAUCUAAAUCUUUGUGUACCAUUUUUUGUAAAUUAUUUGCCCUGAUAAAGAAACAUAUUCUUUCGGGUGUUCUUAACUACUGGAAAUGAGCAGGACAUUGCAGUUUAACAGGGGUUGAAAUUGUAAUAAUACAUUUGUAAAUUGUAGGCAAAAGGAUAUUUUUAUAUUAUAUGCUGUUAAUAACCAAUCCCAUUUUCAUCUGUUCAUUUGGCCUUUAAUUUCGUAAGUGCCUUCGAACAGUAUGCAAUCCUGUUAACAUGAGCAUUUGAUUUUUGUGUAUCUGGAAUUAGACGACUAUCAGCCACACAAACCUGUAUUUUACAAUAUAUUGACAUGUCAGUAAAGAUCUUGAAAUAAA